CACGCAUUUUCAUGGGAUGUACCCGCAAAUUGGACACUUCCUCAAACAACAUAACCAAGGAAAUGACCUUCAUAAAAGUACCCUUUCUUCCAGCAUCAGUGAUCAGGUAGUCCACGCUUGAGAGAUUCCCGCACACUCGUCCUUCCCUCCUUUCUGUGAAUUUACAUCUGUCAUUUGGUUAGCAAGAGUACCACUUGCUAACUUCCUCUCAUAAAUUAAGUCUUAUAACUCUUAUCGACCGUAUUUAAUCGACCUACAACCUACUUCCACCCUCUCAUUCUUUCAUCCGAACACUCACGGGUAAACACCGAAACCACAAGUCCAUUUUUCACCACUGGCGCGCUAAUUUAGGAACAACCUUUCAAUCAACCGGAGGACAUCUUUGAAGAAAGAACUCGAAUCAUCGAAUCAUGCAAAGAGCUUUGCUGUUAGCUGCCUUGGUAGCUAUCCUUCUUGGAGUGGAGGCAGCCAAUGUAGACUGGAUUAGAACACCGCCUUCGGAACAAGAACCUAGCGCUUUGUUUGAGACUCACCUCGCGCCGGCCACCUUCAGAAAAUUACACCAGGCUCCAGGGAAUGAUCACAGUAUGACCCUCCAAAUAGGCUUGAGGAACACGCGUUUGGAAAAUUCCAUUGACGAUCUCCUGGAGCGGAUGUCAGAUCCAGCCCAUCCGAAAUUCCGACCACAUCUCAGUGACAAGGAGUUUGCAGAAUUGAGUCAACCCGAUGACCAGUCCAUCGAAGCCGUCGUAGGGUGGCUCAAAAGCCAUGGAUUCGAAAACCACCAAAUCAAAUGGACGGCUCACAAGGAUUGGAUCAGCUUAGAGAAAGUGCCAUUGAAGAAGGUCGAAUACAUGCUUGACACGAGUUACUCGGUAUACCAACAUCACGAUGGUGAACAUUUGAUCCGGACUGAGAAGUACAGUCUACCAAGAAACCUUCAUCAGCACAUUGAGUUGAUCCAGCCCACCACUAUGUUCGGUCGCUUACAAAAACAGCGCUCCUCAGUAACAGUCAUCGAGGAGCUGCCGUCCGCGAAAAACAAAGUGUUAAUCAAUCCCAAUAUCCCUAAUACAUGUUCCGACCCGUCUAGUGUAACGAAUGAUUGCUUGCGUCAGCUUUACAAGACCGAUGGCUAUCAGGUCCAAGCUUCUGAGUCCAACAUGAUUGGUAUCACCGGAUAUCUUGAGGAAGUUGCCAACUUCAAAGAUGCUGAAAUGUUUUUGAAAACUCAAAGACGCGACCAGGUCGGUGGAAAAUUUGAGGUCGUGACCGUCAACAACGGCAAAGACUACCAAGACUUAGACCAAGAUCAAAUCGAUCGUCAGCUCGGUGUAGAGGCGAAUCUUGACACCCAAACUACUCUCGGGUUCACUUUACCAACACGCAACAUCUUUUGGUCCGUCGGUGGAAGCCCGCCUUUUAACCCUGAUUUGACCACCCCCUACAACACGAAUGAGCCGUACCUUGAGUGGUUAACCUACAUCCUUGGCCAACCACAGGCCCAAAUUCCCAAAGUUAUUACUACUUCAUAUGGCGACAACGAGCAAACUGUUCCGCUCAGCUACGCGCGCCGAGUUUGUAAAGGCUUUGCAGCUUUAGGAGCUCGGGGAGUUUCGGUAAUCUUCUCCUCAGGUGACUUUGGUGUGGGUAAAACUGGGUUUUGUUACGCCAAUGAUGGGCAGCAAAAACAAACUUUUCUGCCAACUUUCCCAGCAACUUGCCCUUACGUCACAUCAGUUGGUGCUACCGAAAACUUUUUCCCCGAAGUGGCUGUUUCCGAGGGUGGGCCUGGAGGGUUCAACAGUGGAGGCGGUUUUUCCAACUACUUCGCAACACCCAAAUGGCAGAAGAACCAAGUCCAGCGUUACCUCAACUACUUGGGACCCCAAACUUACAAUGGUCUUUACAAUCGAACCGGCCGAGGCUUUCCCGAUGUCUCUGCUCAGGGGGCUAAGUACGUUAUCGCUUGGCAGCAGUCAUUCUUAACCGUUGGAGGCACAUCCGCAUCUGCACCCACUUUCGCCUCAAUCAUUGCCCUGCUUAACGACUACAGCAUGUCCUUGGGUGGUCCUUCGCUGGGCUACCUUAACCCAUGGCUGUAUAGCGAAGGAUACCGCGGAUUGAAUGAUGUCAUCGGAGGAAGCUCCAGUGGGUGCAAUACCACUGGAUUCGCAGCCAUCCGAGGCUGGGACCCGGUAACCGGCUUGGGAACCCCGAAUUUUCGCAAGUUGCAGCGUCUUAUCCAACCCUGGAGUAUGGCAAUGGCACAGCAAAACUCUAGGUUCUAAGUUCUUGAAUACCUCUGAAUGUAACAGAAAUCCUUAACCGCCUGAAGAUCUGUUUCAAUCAUAAUCCUACUUCAUUCCCAUCCGUUUGUCUGUCAGCAAGUAGUUACUUUUAUCAUGUCUCUGGGCAUAAACAAAUAUCAACCCCCGUCUAGGUGAACCCAAGAACAUUAAACUUUCAAUGCGCGACAAUUUCCAUAACAAUCACAUUCACUUAUUUUGCUCUUACGUUCCCUAUUAAUUUAUCCGCACACCUCCUCACAUCCAUCCACAUAUUUAUAUUUCUUGUGAAUUGUUAUUCUGUUUUAAACUGUGAUUUGCUUGAACCGAUGACAUUUGAUUUAACUCCUCGUGGACAGACCCUCUAUCUCUAGACAAAAAAUUUGCCUUUGAGCAGUUUUUUCUGCUGAGAUCCAAUCAAUGUCACUCACAGAGUGAGAAAAUACAAUUAGUAAUAGCAGAAGGUAUGAAAUAACGCCGAUAUUGUCGUCCACACCCUUUUUAUUUUUA